GAUUCACACAGCUGCGGGUCGUCAGCGUAUAACCGGUUUCUAACAGUUGCCACUAUUUUGUACAGUACGGCUUAUCUGUGUGUUUAAAGUCAGUGGUAUUAGUGCGUAGUCAAAUAGGUUCUAGGCAGAAUGAUGAAUCCAUGGGAUUUGAUGAUGUUAAACAAUGUUUUGAGUAACCCUGGACCGAAUCACGUGCGCGUACGGACGCAAAGAGAUCCAAGUCCAACAACAUUGAAACGAAAACCGUGUGAACAAGCAAUACGAAUAAAUUAUCGAGAUCCACAGUAAUAAAUUGACUACUCGUUAAAUUGCUGUGUAUAACGAAUACCACUUUUUUUUAAAAAUUAUUAUUAUUAUUUUUUAAAACUAUCUAACAGGUGAAAUAUGACGAGUUUGUCGUCGAUUCUUUUGGACAACAAAUAUUUUUCGACCUGUGAUUUUACGUCCGGAUGGGCAGCUGGUUGGCAAUUGUUUUAAUAAGUCUUUAUACACGUGAAGAAAACGUAUGAUAAUCGUAAACUACAUUUUUGUUCGAUAGGUAUUGCUGCUACGUGUGUGGGACAUCCGAUGGACACGGUCAGAAUAAUACAACAAGUGACCAAUACCAGUGCAACUAAAGCCACCCGUACCAUUUACCAUAAACACAAAGUACCUAAUAUUUAAACUAAAUUACCUACUUACUUGUUUUAUAAUGACUUUUAAAAUAUUCAGGUUUCGGGAAAUAGUCAGCUACUAAUAUUUUAAGUUCAAAUUUGUUUUUCAUCAUAGUCAACAGUUUACAGGGUAUUUUAGAGGAAUGAUGUUUCCUUUAUUAAGUACGGGUGUAAUGAGUUCAAUAUUUUUCGGAGUCAAUGGUAACGUGAUGCGAUUGAUCCAAGACUAUCGUUCGAACAGAACGGAAAAUGAUGACGUCGAUAUAAGAUUUUGCUGCGAUUCUGUAAAUGUGAACAAUAAAUAUUGGCAUUUCGAUGUAUUCUUUGCGGCGUGCGUGAGUGGAUUUAGUUAUACGCUAAUCAACAUACCGAUCGAAGUCGUAAAAACAAUGUUACAAGCGUCGAGUAAAAAUUCUUUUGUAUUUAUUUUUUUAAUAUCGUUCGUAGUAUUAAGUAUAUCUACUUGAUAAUGAACUUAAACUUUAACUGUUAAUUUUUGUUAUUUUUCCGCGAUUUAUUCGGAAAAUUCAGCGAGUUCUAUUAAUAAUAAUGCCAAUAAGCGAUCGAUGAUUACAACCAAGCCGAUGAAAUUGAUGAUCAAACUUUAUAAAACCAAUGGAAUACGGUCGCUGUAUCGUGGAGGAACCCUAUUGAUGCUCAGGUUGGGUAUCUCUACCUAUACAAUAAAAAGUAGUAAAAUACGAAUGAGUUUAAAAUAAAGGUAUGUUGUAACUAUUUGUGAUGCAUAGGGAUGUGCCUAGUAUGGGAGUUUAUAUGCUCACGUAUGAGCAUUUGUGUUCCACGUUGAAAAAAUCAUUGCACACCGGAAAUCUGAUGGAAAUUAAAAUAGAUCCAAUGCCCAAGUAUAUACAAAUCAUAUCCGGAGGUGUGGCAGGUAAUUUACUAAAACCGUAAACUAAAAAUGUGCUAUUUACUUGUUUAUGAUGGGAAUAUAUAAAAUAAAAACAAUAAUAAUAGGUACUAAAUAUUUUUAAAUAUUAUAUUCUUACUUGUAGGUAUUUCUUUUUUUCGGCUAUUAAAUUCUCUAUUAAUUUUAACUUGUUAAACAAUUUUGUUAUAAAUUUAUAUAUACAUAUUAAAUACAUUGAUUAAAAUAGAUUGAAAACACGUUUAAAUGGUUAUUGUUUUUGUUAAUUGUUCAUAGGCGUUGUCAGUUGGAUUUUGGUGUUGCCGUUCGAUGUGAUAAAAUCGAAAAUCAUCGCGGAUAGCCUUACCGAGCCUUUAUACAAAGGCGCGUACGAUUGUGUUAAAAAAACCUACAAAAGCAGUGGUACCGCCGGGUUUUUCCGGGGCUUCUGGCUGGUCUGCAUACGAGCAUUUCCCGUUAACUGCAUAUCGUUUUUUGUAUACGAAACCCUGUUGGAAAAAUGUGUUAUUAAAUAAUCAUAAACUGUUGAAAUAAUCAAAUCGAUAAUGAUAAAAAUCGAUUGACGAAGAAAAUAAUAUACUUAUAGUGAAUAAAAAUAUAUAGAUUCCCUACGACGUAGCAGCAAUUAAUUGGGAUGCAAUACUAAGUAAAUGUGAUGUCUAUCGGGUUAUCAAUGUUUUUCUAUGGUUUUAUUUUUAAUGUUAUCCUUAUGCUAAUCCCAUUCAGGCUAUUCGUCGGCGGAAAUUUCCUACUUGGUUUGUUCCUUAGUUAAAAAAUUGAUUUCCGAGAAAAAAAAAAAUCACCAAUAAAAUAUGUAAUUUCUAAUAUUCAUCAAUAGAUUAUUACAGUUUUACCAAUAUUUAAAAAGAUCAAUGCAAAUAUCGUUCCAAAAUGAAUUGUUUACAGUAAUUAAUUUUAUUAAAUCCGUUGAAAAUUCUAUUACUUGUAAUCCAACAUUUUUCUGGAGUUAUUUCAAUCAACUUAAGUCUUUUCUAUUCCGAAUUUAAUAAUAUUUAUAAUGAUGAUAUUGUAAAUCUGUUUGCUAACCAUUUCUCUAGUGUUUACAAAUUUAACGCACAUGUAAGUAAUAUUAAAAAUUCAUUAUCAAAGUCACUUUGGCAUUUUGUCUUUUCCUUAUCCCACUUUUCCACUUACCUUGGUUUCCUUUCUUCCUGUUAUAUUUUUUUGUCCGAAAUCUUUGAAUCUUCAAUAUUCUCUACUUAGUUCUACUUAUCUUGGCCCUGAUUUAAUUUCUAAGGUUUUCUCGAUUGUUGUAAAUAUUUUAUCGCUCCUCCGCUUCACUAUAUUAUUUUCAAUCUUUCUCCGUCAUCUAGCGUAUUUCUUACAUUAAUUGUAUAUUCAUUACAUGUAAGAUUACAUUAGUUGCUAUACUUUAAAGACC